AUGUAUUUCAUACGAAAAGCGUCCAGCACGGCAGCUUCAGCCGUGUUUGAAAUGGCAAGUAAUUUCUCAAGAAGGAAACACGUCAGGAAUCGACCAGAAGUCAAUUCUCUAUUAGUAGAGCUACCUCCGCAAGAACCUCUCUUCAUCCCUCGCAUCUAUGCAAUACCCUUCGCGACCAACCACGUUCAAAAUCCACUACCAUAUGUCCGAAUAGCGCUUAAUCACCUUUCUACGCCAGCAUUAGUUGAUAGCGGAGCUACCAUAUCCUAUAUGAGACAAUCCACUCUCUACGCGCUUGGACCGCAUUUAAAAGUUGACGACAACCACGUCAAAGCGCAAGCAGCUAACGGAUCCCACAUAGAACUCCUAGCCUCAGUGACCGUUGACGUAAAUAUAGGAACCCAUACCGUUCCUCAUCGAUUUCUAGUAUCGCAAGACCAUCAAUGUCCCGCACCAGUUUUGCUCGGCACCGAGUUUAUUAAAAAGUUGAAUCAAUUGGGAUUAAAAGUAACUAUCGAUCUACAUAACAACCUGCUCACGAUAGGAAGCGACGCUCACAAUAUGAUCCAAAUCAAUGCCAUCAACUUUUUGGAAGUCAAGCCGCAUGAUGUGCGCCUUUUGCACACCACAAUUCUACCCAAAAGAUCUUCAUUUAUAGUUCCAGCCUUGAUCGACAACCACUCACCCAACAAUUCGUUCGACUUUCUCAUCGAAGACAAUCAAAGGGACAUAGAUCUCCUAUACGUCAGGAUUAAACGCGAUAACGAAGCCGCAGCAGUCUAUACUUCCUAA